CGCAGCCACUUGGAGCUCUGCAAAAAUCACUUACCAGCGCAGCGCGAGGCGGGUUUUUCCUCCCACUGGCUCUUGCGCUGGACAAGGCUUUGCGCGAGUGCUGAUGUAAGCCUAGUUACGCUUCCAGUGCAGCGUUAAAAACUGCAGUGUACGUUGUCUUGUUCCGCGUAAAGGUACAGCAUCUUAAAACAACAUCCCCUCCUCUGUAUCUUGUGCAUUUUCCUCUAUGGAAAUACAGCGUCUCCCUUUUAGUUUUUGCGUUUUGCAACAAUCAUACAGACAGACAUGGGCCUACUUAAAUAAGUUUUACAGCAUACAAAACCGAUUGUCAGUCUUGAUAAUUUAACAUGUAUAAAUCUGCCGUCUAACCACUGAAAAAUCGGCAUUAAUACAAAAUAUUUCUUUUUUUUUGUCUUCCUUAAUUGGUAAAUUUUAUCAGCUGUCAUAACUAAAAUGCUAUUGCCUAUAACUACUACAACGCAUCGCCGUUACCUUCGUCUUCAUCAACAGGUUGUAAUCAGUGUGAAAUUCGCCCAGCGCCUGGGUAUCCCUGUCGAUGUGUUUUAAAUGUACUGCUUUACUACAGAAUCGAGAAAUAUGCAGUUUUACAUUAAAGCAAUACAAGAGAAAAAAAAUAGAAUAUUCUUCAUUCUUGGCAGCCUAUUGAAUCGUUCGGAAGACUGCAUUUCCCCACAAUAUGUAAUUUGAGCUAUUUUAAUAAAUAUGUAUAAUCUAUGCUAUACCUUGUUUUCUCUCUACCGUAGAUGCAGAAAAAAAGAAAACAUUUGAGCGUAAUACUAUGGGAUUAUAUGAGGCACGAAAUUAUCACAUCAGUGGUAUAAAUCUACUUGUUAUGAAUUUCAGUUGUGUUGGCUUCACAAAACGUCCUCUGUGGUUUCCAUGUAAAGGUGAUGGUAUCUUGUGAUGCCAAAAAUAGAAAACGGGACAUGCAAAAAUCGGGUGCAUAUGGUUAAUGAAAACUAACAGAAAAUAUUUAAUUGCCAUUUGCUCAAUUAUGUUACACUGAUGUAGAUAUACUAACAUUUAUUCUAAUCUAUAAGACUAUGAUUGUUGCUGAAAUUUCACAUUCGUUGAAAGACUGCGUGAUUCUCAUUACUAACGUAUCUUCUUUUUUCCAAACAUGUCUAAAAUGUCAAUAGGGAUGUUUAAUGAAAUUAUAUGCACAAAAUUAUAUAAGUAUCGUUUUGGACCUUUUUCUGGAUGUAUUUACACCUGGAAAGGAGGAAACGCGUUCGUUCUUUCUAUGCGACUGCGACCCCUGUUGUUCAUAACCAGUCACGAUUACAAAAAUCAACAGUUCGGACUUCUGCAAUUAAAUGGGUAAUAUUGCAUUUGUUCUUGACACUUGAGCAACGUCACAAACUAUACGAGCUUCACACUAUGCGGAAAUUAUUCUAAUUGUACAUGCUAAUUAUUUGACGUUGUAUUUCCAGUGAAACAAAUUCCUCUAUAUUGUAAGUCAACGGCUCAAUAUUUAAGUGAUCCAAUGUCGCCACCUAACGGCAGUGAGAAUGCACUGUUAGCAGUGGGACGUUUGGACAAUAUGCGGGAUUAUUUCUGGAGUAUUGAAAGUUCUGAUUUUAUAUACCCUACAUCCUGAAACAUUCUGUUAUUACCAUAAACCCCAUGUUAAACAGAGAGGAACUGCAAGGGCAUAUACGUUAUCUGCUUAUAUGUUGAACUAUCGGAACACGAGGUUUACAAUAAAUUCGGAUUGAAGACACAAACAUAUGCUCUUUAUUGAAGAAUAACCCGUCAGACUGCCUGUAAUCCGUAAUACAAUAAUCUGUUUUAACGGAGAUUAAAAAUAUUUCCCUCUUGGGAGAUUUUUUGGUGACUACUAGGACUAAUUAAAUGUUCCAGCAGAGUGAUGCUUAUGGCUGACGCGGGCAGCCUUUCAGCCUGGGCGGUGUUGUGACACUUCUUUCACUUCUUGAACAUAACAUCUCUUGUGGUUUCCAGACCUCAGUCUCAAUACACAUACUCUUUCGACCCACUCUUGUUUUGCAUUUGUAAAAUAUGUUGGCAAGACAUGUUGACACUCCUCCAAGACCUUCGGGUUUGUUUUAUCUAUUGGAUGUCACUAACAUGUUUAUUAAGCAUCACAGGCGAAGAGCGCGCGCGCACUGGAUAACGUCAACAGAAUGGCGAUGCUGUCAAGUUGCGACUCUUUACGGGAUGGAGUCCAGCACUUGCAAUUUUUCUUUUUUUGCCUUGCAUACGUCGCAGCUACCGAUAAAACAGUUAUAAACAUUGCAUAUUUGCGGUUCAUCUGCGUUGCUUCUCUAGCUGAAGUUUUAUCUCUCUCUCUCUCUCUCCCCGUUGUAAAUGUAAAUGGAUUUUUGCGAAAGCGUUACUGAUGCGUGUACAAACUUUACUAAUAGUUGUCUGGAAGUCAGACUAUGGCUAAAACGGCGGAGGAGUGCCAGUCUGUUCUCAUUGGAUCACUUUGAUCCAAAAGAUUUUUUUUUCAUGAAGUGCGAGUGGGAGGAGAGAGAAGUGGCGAGGAACAUCAAAAAUAAACCUCUAAUGUUUAAGCCAGAAGGUAUAAAUACCACAGCAUCAAGGACCCCUCACUGGCGCUGAGAAGUGGGAAGCUCAGGUUACAAAUGAAAUUGCAUUAGCUUUAACUUAAGGCUGAGAGUAAUAUUUAAAUCAUAGACCAGGAGAGUUCAUGCAUCAGGUGCAUUUGUAAAAAGUCGUGGUCGAAAAAACUUGAAUAGUUUCAUAUGAAAGUAUAAAAAUCAACAGGCGCUCAAGCAGUUGUUCGUUUACGUUUUGUCUGCGAAUAAAUGUAACGUUACUACACAUUUUCGGGUAUAGGUGUUCAUUUUUGUUGUGUUUUUUUUUUUCAUUUUAAAAUUAAUUAUUAAAACUAUAAAACUAUAGGCCAUUUUGACAUAAAGUCUACAGGUUGAUUUAAAAAAAUGAGUUCAGUUAUAGCUGUAAUCUUUCUUGCGUUUUCUACCCGGUUUGCACUUGCCGACUUUUUCGAAUCGGAGGAAAUUAUACCUCUGAGAAUAAAUGAGAGGAAUAGCGGUCGCUUUUGGACACGGAGCGAAGACCGGGUGAGUUUCAGGAUUGCCGCUUUCGGUAAAGAGUUCACUCUGAAUUUGACUCCGGAUGAGAGUUUCUUAGCCCCAGCAAUUAUGAUCCACCGAAUUAAAUCAAACUACUUAUCCAAGACGUCGGACUUCCGUGCGGAUCGAGGAGAAAUCCAACAUCCUCCUGGUCACCGCGCGUCUGACAUUCUCAGAUACAUUAACGAGACGGAUGCGGUCGGGACAGGUUUGAAAAGCUGCUUCUAUUCGGGGAAUGUAGACUCAAAGCAGGACUCUGUAGUUGCUGUCAGUAUUUGUUACGGGAUCUACGGAUCGUUUAUAACAGAUGGAGAUGAAUAUCUGAUCGAGCCCCAGACGGCCAGCUGGGGAGCCGAAUCGUCCCAGAUGCAGCCGCAUAUUGUUCAAAAGCGGGUUCUCGUCGGCACACGGAGGGUACGAGAAAGACCCACCGGCCGAAAGGAAGACGUGCAAAGGGGACAGGGAGUCCCGAUUUUAUCGGGGGAGACGAACGAAUCUCGGAUGCCAAGAGAGAAGCGCUUCGUGUCCGCGGAGAGGUACAUAGAAACUUUGCUGGUGGCAGAUUCAACCAUGACACGUUUCUACGGGGACGAGCUAAAGCACUACCUCCUGACCCUGGUCAGCAUGGCAGCCCAGGUCUACAAGCACCCCAGCCUUAAGAACUCGGUCAGCCUGGUGGUGGUGAAGAUGCUGGUGGUGGAGGACCAGGAGGCGGGGCCCAGCGUGUCGGCCAACGGCGACCUGACCCUCCGCAACUUCUGUGCCUGGCAGCAGCUGUUUAACCCCAGGAGCCAGCGGCAUCCUGAGCACUACGACACGGCACUCCUGUUCACCCGGCAGGACAUCUGCGGGCACCACAGCUGCAGCACCCUGGGGGUGGCUGACGUGGGCACCAUGUGCGACCCGAAAAGAAGCUGCUUCGUCGUCGAGGACAACGGCCUGCAGACCGCCUUCACUGUAGCCCACGAAUUAGGUCACGUGCUCAGCAUGCCACAUGACGACUCCAGGAACUGCGAGAGAAAGUUCGGGCACCUCGGCGGACACCACGUGAUGGCCCCCGUAUUCGAGGACCUCAGCAAAGCCCUGCCCUGGUCGCCCUGCAGCGCCUACCAUGUCACAGAGUUCUUUGACGCAGGCCAUGGGGACUGCCUAUUGGAUGCACCUGAGAAUAACCUCCCCCUGCCCGACGAGCCACCAGGCUUGACAUACAGCCUGGACCGCCAAUGCCGGCAGGCCUUCGGCGAGACGUUCCGCCACUGUGCCAACGUGACCGACGUGGACACAUGCGGCCAGCUGUGGUGCCAGGAGGCAGGCCAGACUCAGUGCGCCACCAGGAAAGGCAGCCUGCCUUGGGCAGACGGCACGCUGUGCGGCGCCCACGCCUCCUGCCUGGAGGGGUCGUGCGUGGAGGCCAGCUGGCCAAAGCUCCGCCCUCAGAUCACCAUAGAUGGAAGCUGGGGGUCCUGGGGCCCAUGGGGUCUCUGUUCCAGGACCUGCGGUGGAGGCGUGGAGUUUUCUCACCGGGAGUGCACUGACCCAGAGCCCCGGAACGGGGGCAGGUACUGCGUGGGACAGCGAGUCAAGUACCAGUCCUGCAACACUCAAGCCUGCCUGGAUAACAGUGGUAAGAGCUUCAGGGAGGAGCAGUGUGAGAGGUACGACAGCCUCGGCCAGACGGAAGGAAGCGGGAAGACGAAGCGCUGGAUCCCGAAGUACGCCGGCAUCUCCCCCCGGGACAGGUGCAGGCUGGUCUGCAGGGCCAGGGGCAGCAGCGAGUUCCGGGUGUUCGAGGCCAAGGUCGUCGAUGGUACCACAUGCGGUCUGGACACCAUGUCCAUCUGCGUCCAAGGCCAGUGCGUCAAAGCGGGAUGUGACCUGGUGAUCGGCUCCAAUGAGAAGCUGGACAAGUGCGGCGUGUGUGGGGGCGACGGUUCCAGUUGCAGGAAGGUCACCGGCUCCAUGAACCAGGCCGUAUACGGCUACAAUGAUAUCGUGACCAUCCCAUCUGGCGCCACCAACAUCGAUGUCAAGCAGCGCAGUCAGCGAGGGAUCGAGCAUGACGGCAACUACCUGGCCAUCAUGGCGGAAGAUGGAGCAUACAUCCUGAAUGGGAACUUCUCCGUGUCCACCGUGGAGCAAGACGUCCCAGUGAGGGGGGCUUUCCUACGGUACAGCGGAUCCUCCACCACGCUGGAGCGUAUCCAGAGUUUCCACCAGCUUCGGGAAGGUAUCACCAUCCAGCUGCUGUCCACAGCCGGAGAGGCAUCUCCGCCCAGGGUCAAGUACAGCUUCUUCCUCCCCAAGGGCGUCUCCUUCAGCAGGGCCGGCGAAAAGAGGGCGUCGCCACACACCAUCCAGCCAAUCGGCAGGUCUGAAUGGAUCAUGGGGGAGUGGUCUGAGUGUUCUAAGACCUGUGGGUCAGGGUGGUCCCGGCGAAACGUGGAGUGUAGGGAUGAGAGAGACCUCCCCACCUUCCUCUGUGACGAGGGCCUGCGGCCCGCCGAUAUCCGGCCCUGCGGCGACUUGCCCUGCCCCGUGUGGCAGAUGGGACCUUGGUCCUCCUGCUCACGUAACUGCGGUCACGGUGAGCGCCGGCGUGCCGUAUUCUGCACCGACUACACGGGGAAGACCGUGGAGCCCGAGAGGUGUGACCUGGCCAAGAAGCCAACACCGGUCUCCGUGGAAUGUGUUCACCAGGAGUGCUGAACAUCCGACCCCACAGCCAAGCAACGGGAGAACUAAGCACAUGGGAAAAGUAAACUAACCAUCCCAUAAUGGGCCUGCUAUUGUUAGCCUAAUCGGAGCUCAUGGAAGCUUUACUAUCACAAAAAUGUGCUGUGGGUAGAGUGGAAAAUGGUUGGUUCAGAGAGAUAGCCAAUCAUAUUGUAGAGGAGGUGGGACCAAGAUAUCUGAUUGGUUGAUCCCACCUCCUCUAGUUGCUUGGACCCACCUCCUCUACAAUCUGAUUGUGUCAAAGCCAAUCAUUUUUUAUUCUGCCCUCAGAACAUUUUUUAUAAGUAAAAGUCCCGUGAGCCUGAUCAGAGGAUUGACGUUUACAAGUGCUGUGGCUGGUGAUUCUUGCUAAUAUUUUUAACCACUAUCAACAGUUCUGCCCGUUUGAGAUCUACCUCAAAGGAUGUAAAAUUGCUGAGUAACAUUAGAUGAGAAUAUUUCAAUUAGUUUGUUUUUUGUAUUGUAAAGGGAAGCUACUGAGACACAAUUGUACCAUACCUCCACUCCCCCUCCCCCAAGAACAUAAAUUUCAAAUUCAACCACAGAAAACUGGAACAAUGUAGCGCCUUAAUAAAUCGAGAAACAUCAAGUUUUAUUUAACACUUGAAACAAAAACACGAGAAAAACAAGUUAAAAAAAUUAGAAAAGCCACUUACUUAAUGUAUCAGAAGACGAACUUUGGUUUCAUAGCUGUAUAUAUGUAACAUAUAUUAAUUACUAUAAUAGAGCAAAACAUUUUCUGUACUCGUGGGGGAUUUAAACAAAAACAAAACAUAAUGUAAUUCUAAUAAAAUUAUAAACCACAGAAAAAAGCAACACAGUAUCUUAUUCAAUACAUCUGUACAUAAGUAAUUAAACUCGCAAAGCGAAUACGGAACCUUAAUAGUUUUUUUUGUGAUCAGUGAACACUUAUAGUUACAUCAGCCACAAAUGAGUUCCCAAUUAUACAGCUUAGUGAGGGCAGAUGAAGCGUAUAUGCAUUUGAGGAGAACAAAUGACAGAAUUCUCCGGACAGGGCUCAGGAGGGAUUCGAUCAAAUUACCCCAAAUAAGCAGUUUAACUAACAAACCGUAGUAUGCUGUGCCUGUUACAAUGUCACUCCUCCCCCAAACGUUUCCUAAAACAAACAGAAAAUAUGUGUAUAUGUAUUUAUAUACAAUCGUGUAUUUAGGCAACAAGUUACACUUGUUUAACUAAACCAUGAGACUGUAGAAAUGUUCCCUGCAAAGCAUUCUUAGAGCUCUGAGUUGGUAGAGUAAUCGCGGGCCAACCGACGGAGUGUGAGAAUGGUAUAAUCCCGACGUGAUCCUUAUGCGCAGAGGUCGCGUAAAAUUAGAUAUGCUUCAAUCCGGAGUACGUGACAUGUGAAACUGAAUAUAGUUCAGCCUGUAACCAGCUCCUUCUGGUUUUUCGUCAGGGGAUCUGAUCUGCUGCAUCCAUAUAAAAUUAGAAUACGCCCUUUCUUUACUAUUAAGGUCAAAUCUAACCAUUAAGUGGGGAGAAGUUACGAAUUGAUCGAAAGUGCAACGUUGAGGCAUUACGUUCACACCCACGGGCAUGUUGGUGACGGCAUCUAAAAUGUUUAUUGUUUGCUUUUUUUGCUGCAUGCGGAAACAUUUUCCAGAUUAUUCACUCACAUUGAAUUUUAGGUUAGUAUUGAUUUGUAAUUUAUUUUUAGACAUUUUGAGACUGUGUGUGAUGUAGCAUUCCAGUAUCUGUUCAUUAGGAAUGUAAGGGAGUAAAUAUCAGCAUGAUAUUCCUUCAGUGAAGGCUUGUACUAUGUAAUAUUAAAGCUUCCUUUUAAAGCUAUUUAUUUUUGUAUAGUUUCUACAUUUUUAAGUGUAAUAUUUUUUUCUAGAUGCUGCUGUCUUUCAGAAUUAUAAGUGAUAAUCGAGAUGUACAAAUAAAAUAAACACGUGAAGAAAA